AAGGCCAAGGCAGCGCCGAGGGUGAUUGUAACUGUAUAAGAGAGCAACGCGUCGCUCCUUCUCACAGUUACUUACUGUGUGUUUGUGUCUGGAUGCGGCGAGCGGGAGCAGCCGACAUGUCUGCCAGGGUUCUCGUGGCGCUGCUGGCUGUGUCCUGUCUUGUUUCCGCUCAGUCGGAUGUGGAGAAGAAGGCGAAGGUGUUCCUGCAGAUGUUCGACGAGGAGGCCACCCGCCGCCAGUACCAGUACUCGCUGGCCUCAUGGGCCUACAACACCGACAUCUCCGCUGAGAACUCGGACAAGCUGUCGGAGGAGGGGCGAAUCUGGGGCAAUUUCUACACCAAUAUGUCGGAGGAGUCCCUGCAAUUCCCCCUCGACCAGAUCACUGAUCCAGAAAUUAAACUACAGCUCGUCUCCCUGCAAGACAAAGGCUCAGGUGCUCUGUCCCCUGAUAAAGCCGAACACCUCAGUAAGGUCAUGAGUGAAAUGAGUACAAUCUACAGCACAGCGACCGUGUGUCUCAAGGACGACACGGACUGCCAGACUUUGGAGCCAGGUCUGGAGCACGUCAUGGCCACUAGCAAGGACUACUUUGACCGUCUGCAUGUGUGGGAGGGCUGGAGGACAAAUGUGGGGAAGAAGAUGAGGCCGCUCUAUGAAGACUAUGUGGAUCUGAAGAAUGAAGCCGCCAAACUCAACGGUUUUAAGGACUAUGGAGCAUACUGGAGAUAUAACUAUGAGACAAUGGAGGAGGACGCUCGGUACAAGUACACCAGAGAUCAGCUGAUGGAAGACGUCCGUUCUGUAUACAAAGAGAUCAUGCCCUUAUAUAAGGAGCUACAUGCCUAUGUGAGAGCCAAGCUGGUGAACGUCUACCCAGGACACAUUGAUUCUGAAGGACCUCUGCCAGCUCACCUGUUGGGUGACAUGUGGGGAAGAUUCUGGACCAACCUGUACCCUCUGUCAGUCCCCUACCCUGAAAAACCAGAUAUUGAUGUCAGCCAAGCCAUGGUGAACCAGAACUGGACUGAGCUCCAGAUCUUCAAGGAAGCUGAGAACUUCUUCAAAUCUGUGGACCUGUACGAGAUGUUCCCAAAUUUCUGGACAAAUUCCAUGCUGGUGAAGCCCGAGGGUGAACGCAAGGUGGUCUGUCACCCCACAGCCUGGGACAUGGGAAACAAAAAGGACUUUAGGAUCAAGAUGUGCACCAAGGUCAACAUGGACGACUUCCUCACAGUGCACCACGAGAUGGGUCACAACCAGUACCAGAUGGCUUACCGUAACCUGUCCUACCUCCUGAGGGACGGAGCCAACGAGGGUUUCCACGAGGCCGUCGGAGAGAUCAUGUCCCUCUCUGCCGCAACGCCCAAACACCUGAAGAGCCUGGCCCUGCUGCCCCAUGACUUUGUCGACGACAGCGAAACGGAGAUCAACUUCCUGCUGAAACAGGCGCUCACCAUCGUGGCCACGCUGCCGUUCACCUACAUGCUGGAGGAGUGGAGGUGGCAGGUGUUCGCUGGGAACAUCACCAAGGAUGAAUGGAUGAAGCGCUGGUGGGAGAUGAAGAGGGAGCUGGUGGGGGUGGUGGAGCCGGUGCCGAGAGACGAGACCUACUGUGACCCUCCCGCUCUGUUCCAUGUAUCUGGAGACUACUCUUUCAUCAGGUACUUCACGAGAACUAUCUACCAGUUCCAGUUCCAGAAAGCUCUGUGUGAUGCGGCUGGUCAUACUGGUGCCUUGUUUAAAUGUGACAUUACUGGUUCUAAAACAGCAGGAACCAAACUGAGGAACAUGUUAGAACUGGGAAGGUCCCAGUCGUGGACCAGGGCUUUGGAUACGAUAUCCGGGGAUGUUAAAAUGGACGCUCGGCCUCUGUUGGAUUAUUUCCAAAAGCUUCAUGACUGGCUGCAGGCAGACAACAAGAAAAACCACAGGAGAGUAGGCUGGAAGACGGAAAUAACUCCAUCUUCAGCAUAUACGAUUAAAGUGAGGCUCAGUUUGAAGGCUGCCAUGGGUGAGAAUGCUUAUUCCUGGAACGCCAACGAGAUGUACCUGUUCAAGGCCAAUAUGGCGUACGCUUUGAGGCAGUACUACAGCCAAAAGAACCAGACCCUGGACUUCACAACAGAGAACAUCCAUGUGUAUAAAGUGACUCCCAGGAUCUCCUUCUACAUGGCAGUUACCGACCCAGCCAGUAACUCCACGUAUAUCCCAAAAGCUGAUGUCGAGGCAGCCGUACGGUUAUCUCGACGGCGAAUCAACGAUGCCUUCCAAUUGGACGACAGGACGCUGGAAUUUGAGGGUAUCCUAGCAACGCUCGCCCCUCCCGUAGAGCAGCCCGUGCAGGUGUGGCUGGUGGUCUUUGGGGUGGUCAUGGGAGUCGUGGUGCUGGCGGGCGUGUACCUCGUCGUCUCCGGGGUCAGAGAGCGCAAGAAGAAAUCUACAAAGACAACCACGCAGAACCCUUACGACGCGGACACUGAUGGACAGAUCAACAAAGCCUUUGAGGACAUUAACGACGACCAAACUGGUUUAUGAGUCCACUGAGGAGGGACGGUGUCUCACCACACAUCAGCAUUCUGCUGAAUGUCUUCACAUGCAUUUUAGUUUGUCAGGUUAUUUGAUAGUGAAUAUCCUUCUUAAACAGUCAAUUUGAAUGCAGGUAAUUGUAAUUUAUAAAUAAUAACUCCAUGCAAAUCUUUUCAAAGAUUACUAUUUUGAAACAAUUAUAUCUACUGUUAAAGUAGGUAAAGUAGUAAAGUAGGAUAGCAGUACAACAACACUUAAUUUGAGUAUCAUUUUUUUGUAAUAAUAAUUAACAUUUACCUUGUGUUAUGUUUAUAUUUAAUUUACAUUUUUGCAUGUCGCUUUACUAAUGUAUAUCAGAAAGUGUUAAAUAAACAAAGUUAUU